CCAGUGAUUGAUUACUCCAACAGAGUGUAUACUGUACUUAUUUCAGUCUGCUGUAACAAUUGAAUGUUGCUCCAUUUGGAUCUUAUUAAUCAUACCUUCAAGAUCAAGAUCAAACUCUAUAUAAAAAUUUGGCUUUUAUCAUAGGCUAUGCACUAUAAAUAGAAGCUGACAAUGAAGAAAAUGCCUGGAUGUAUUGUAUAAUGAAAUAUUGGCACAUGAAUGCUGAUCAGUGAUGUAACUUAAAAAGAGGCAAAGAUAUACAAGACAAGAUAUGACUACCAUAACUACCAGAAAGUUAACAAUUCAGCUGUUAAUAAUACACUGUAAACAAUGAAUGCAACACAUAAACACUUACUUCAACUUUGUGGAGUGCAGUCGGUACUUCAGAUGUAUAUAAGGAAGUACUGCAAAUCAAAACAACCAAGUUGGAGAAUUCUUUUUUUUGGCACUGAUUCUUUCUCCUUAGAGUCAUUGAAAGUGCUUAAUGAAAACAGGAGAGAAAAUGGAUUGGUUGAUACACUCAGAGUUGUUUGUUCAAGUAAAUAUGUCAAAUUGAGGAAUAAAUUGAAAGAGGUGUCACCAGUGUGGUCAUAUGUACGGGACAACCACUUGCAACUUGAGCCAUGGCCAAUUGACGUUCAAAAUCUCAAGGAGUUUGAUGUAGGAGUUCUGUCAUCAUUUGGCCAUCUCAUACCAGCUGACGUACUGCAUAAACUACCAUUUGGUAUUAUUAACGUUCAUCCAAGUCUGCUUCCACGUUGGCGUGGUGCCAACCCAAUCAUGCAUACUAUUCUUAAUGGUGACAGAGAAACUGGUGUAACAAUAAUGCACCUCAACGAAAGAUUUGAUUCAGGUGCUAUUUUGAAACAACAGCAUAUUCCUGUACCUCACAACUGUACUGCAGCUGAUCUGAGGCAUUUAUUGGCAAGAAAAGGUGCACUUCUAGUAAUUGACACGCUGACAGAUCUUGAAAAAUGCAUUAAUAACAAGAGGCAGCAAAACGAUAAUGAAGCAACAUAUGCACCAAAACGAAAGGUAGGCCUUGAAGUGGUCGAUUGGAACAACACUUCUGAGAGUAUUUCCCGAUUAUACCGUGCAAUUUAUGACCAGGUACCCUUACAGACGACUUGGAGAGGCAAUGUGGUGAAGUUGAACAAGAUGGUAUCUGUGGAAUCACACAGGAUAGGUAUUGACAAUGCACGUAUUGGCCAAAUCUAUUAUUCAAAGGAACACAAAGCACUAUGUGGCCACUGUACAGAUGGAUGGUUAGGAUUUCAAGAGAUCGUGUUCAACGGGAAACGAUUGUCGGCAUCAGAUUUCAACAAUGGCUUCUUGGCAGGACCCAGAAUCAAUACAUUAGAAUUAUUUGAAUCAAAAAAGGAUCAUAGAUAGAUUUUGCAUAAAUUACCUGUACAUUGAAAUAUGAAUAUUAAAAUUAAUAAACUGCUGAAAAAAGAAAAA